GACAUUCGGCAUCAUUCAUGUCUUCCACAUGUUGUUGUCAUUCGGAAUCUCUCUUGAUUUGUCGCCUUUCAAUAAAAGAAAAGGUAAAGCAUAAUCCGAUAUUCAAAAUGGCGACCAUAGUGAGAGUGAAACGGAGAAGAUACGAAGACCCUGCUGAAAAUAUUGUUCUUUCCUGUAAAAAACUCAAAUCAGACGUCGCUGAUAUUGGGCAACAUGAUAAAGAUGGCUGUGAGAGUUAUCUGAAGUUUGCUGGGACUGUCAUUUCGAAGGAUGAAGUGAUUUCAAAGCACAUUAAAGAUGCAAUAAGGAAAGAAAAACUACAAAGAGAAUACAAAAGUCAUCAACCAGGUGUUCUACCCAGAAGUAGGCGGCAUAAAAAGGAGUCCUCAAAAGCCAACAGAUUCAAAAUAACAUCAUCUUUCAGAGCGUUAGACCUCGCAGCUCUGGAUAAGGAGGGCGAUGAUUGCACAGAAAAGGAAAUCUCACCAUUGAAAUCCACCGAUACAUGUGACAUUUGUAGAAAGCAAAUUGCAAAACGUUCAAAGAGUCAAACAGGGAUAGGUACAGAAAAAGGUGAACAUGGUGAAAAAGAACAUGAUUUUUGUAACUGUAGACAAAAUAUCAUUGUGAAUUCUGCGGAGGGGGUUGAAAAGGGACAGAGAAAUUCACAUGAAGCAAGUUCAGCAGCCAGUGGUGCACAGUCAACUGAGAAAGUUUAUCACUUAUAUGAUGUAGAAGUUAAUCAGUCAACACGGUCAAAUCUACCAACUUUUGAGUCCUUAAUUCAGGAAGCUCAAAAUGCUAGUCUUGUAACAUGUAAUUCGGAACAAAUGGUACACGAGCAGGUGCCAGAAGAAAAGGAAGAAGAUUACGUUUACGAUCUUUACUACACCAACAGUAGAGAUUUUAAUCUCCAAAUAUUCGAGAGUUCCCUGUCCAUACACUCCUUACACACAGUGGAGUAUGAUUAUAUGAAUGGUGAGGAGGACCAUGAAAUAUAUGAGGAUGAGGAUGAUGAAAACGAGGAGAGUAACUGGAGGAAUGAUUACCCAGAAGAGGAUCCAAGGUUUAUAGAGGAUGAGGGGGAGGAUAUAGACUAUGUGUAUGGGAAUGAUGUUGAUGAUUACCAGGCCUUUGGUUAUGAUGAUAGAGGACUUGUCGAGUGGAUGUCAUCUAGGUGCAAUAUAGAAGAUGAAAGUGAUGAAUCAUCAAGUGAUGAAACAGAGGAUGAAAAUCCAGCAGGGUAUGGGCAUUACAAACAGCGGGUGAUGAGGGAGCUAGAAAUUGAUGAUUCUUAAUCAAACUAAUGUGUUAAUAAAAAAAAA